CGCAGGCCUCAGCCGCGGGGAGGCGGCGGGGCGGGCGCCCGCCGUCAGCGUCGGCGCGCAGGACGCCGGCGGAGCCGGUGCUGGGCGCUGGAGCCUCUGCGGCGGCGGGAAGAUGGAUGCGCUGCGCUCGUCCCUCGCCGCUCGGCAUCCUCUCCUGGCCGCGGCACGGGCUUCCAAAGCAGCUGAGUCCAGGAGCUUAAGGAAUGCCAUGCAGUAGGUGCUGAACUAACUGGCACUGAAAGGAACAGAAAAAGAUGGCAGUCUGUAUUUGAAAUAAUUAAACACGUGGACUCUCGCUAAUAAGAAACCAUGUCAAAAAAAGGACGUAGCAAGGGCGAAAAGCCUGAGGCACUGAUUGUUGCCCUACAGGCUGCCAAUGAGGAACUCAGGACCAAGCUAACAGACAUUCAAAUUGAGCUGCAUCAGGAGAAAUCAAAGGUUGCUAAACUUGAAAGGGAGAAGACUCAAGAAACUAAGCGCAUCCGUGAGGUGGAGCAGCGCAAGCAGACUGUGCAGAUCACAGAGCUAAAAGCCAAACUCCAUGAGGAGAAAAUGAAGGAGCUGCAGGCUGUGAGGGAGAACCUCAUCAAACAGCAUGAGCAGGAGAUGACGCGGAUGGUCAAAGUCCGAGACAGUGAAAUCCAGCGCCUGAAGUCAGCGCUGAGUGCGCUGCGGGAUGGGAGCAGUGAUAAAGUAAGGACAGCGCUGACUAUUGAGGCUCGUGAGGAGGCCAGAAAACAGUUUGACUCUGAGCGCCUUAAACUUCUGCAGGAAAUUACUGAACUGAAGUCUGCCAAAAAGCAGGUAGAUGAGGCCCUUAACAAUAUGAUCCAAGCUGAUAAGAUCAAGGCAGGGGAUCUUCGGAGUGAGCAUCAAUCCCACCAGGAAGCCAUUUCCAAGAUCAAAUGGGAGAGCGAAAGGGAUAUUCGCCGCCUGAUGGAUGAGAUCAAGGCUAAAGACAGGAUCAUAUUUUCCUUGGAGAAAGAACUGGAGACACAGACAGGCUAUGUGCAGAAGCUGCAGCUGCAGAAGGAAGCUCUGGAUGAACAGCUCUUCUUGGUGAAGGAGGCAGAGUGUAACAUGAGCAGUCCCAAGAGAGAAAUCCCAGGAAGGGCUGGAGAUGGUUCGGAGCACUGCAGCAGCCCUGACUUGCGCAGAAACCAGAAGAGGAUAGCAGAGCUGAAUGCCACAAUCCGGAAGCUGGAGGACAGGAAUACGUUGCUUGUGGAUGAACGAAAUGAACUGCUGAAGCGUGUCCGAGAAGCUGAGAAACAAUGUAAACCUCUUCUGGAAAAGAACAAGUGCCUCACAAAGAGAAAUGAUGAACUUAUGCAGUCUUUGCAGCGUAUGGAAGAUAAACUCAAAGCAGUUACUAAAGAAAAUAUAGAAAUGAGAGAAAAAAUUACAUCACAUCCUCCUCUAAAGAAAUUAAGAUCUCUCAAUGACCUGGAUCAGGCUAAUGAGGAACAGGAAACUGAAUUCUUAAAGCUUCAGGUCAUAGAACAACAGAACAUCAUUGAUGAGCUAACGAGGGACAGGGAGAAGCUCAUACGUCGCAGAAAGCAUAAAAGAAGCUCAAAGCCAAUUAAGAGACAUGUGGUGGAUACAGUUUUUGGGUAUGAUGAUGAUUCCAUGGACUCUGAAACAUCCUCUGUGGCCUCAUAUAGAACAGACAGAACACCAGCAACCCCAGAUGAUGAUUUAGAUGAGGGUUUAGCAGCGGAAGAAUCAGAGCUGCGGUUUCGACAGCUGACAAAGGAAUAUCAGGCCCUGCAGAGAGCGUAUGCACUACUGCAGGAGCAGACGGGGGGCAUCAUAGAUGCUGAAAGAGAAGCCAAGGCUCAGGAGCAGCUCCAAGCUGAAGUCCAGAGGUAUAAAGCUAAAAUAGAAGAUCUGGAGAAAACUUUAGCACAGAAAGGGCAGGACUCGCACUGGGUGGAGGACAAACAGCUUUUCAUUAAAAGAAACCAAGAGCUUUUAGACAAGAUAGAGAAACUGGAAGGAGAAAACAACCGGCUGCAACAGGAGCUUCAGGAUGCCCGAGACCAGAAUGAGCUGCUGGAGUUCCGCAACCUUGAGCUGGAGGAAAGAGAGAGACGGUCCCCCCCAUUUAAUCUCCAGAUUCACCCAUUCUCAGAUGGUGUGAGUGCUCUACAGAUCUACUGCAUGAAGGAAGGGGUUAAGGAUGUCAGCAUCCCAGACCUCAUAAAGCAGUUAGACAUCCUAGGUGAUAAUGGGAAUUUGAGAAAUGAAGAACAAGUGGCCAUAAUUCAGGCUUCCACUGUGUUGUCCUUGGCAGAAAAGUGGAUCCAGCAGAUUGAGGGAGCUGAAGCUGCUCUGCAUCAGAAGAUGAUGGAACUGGAAAGUGAUAUGGAGCAGUUUUGCAAAAUAAAAGGUUAUUUGGAGGAAGAAUUGGACUACAGGAAGCAGGCUCUUGACCAAGCAUACAUGAGGAUCCAGGAGCUUGAAGCCACCUUGUACAAUGCUUUGCAGCAAGAAACAGUGAUAAAGUUUGGGGAACUACUGACUGAAAAACAGCAGGAAGAGCUGAGGACAGCAGUAGAAAAGCUAAGACGUCAGAUGCUGAGGAAAAGCAGAGAAUAUGAUUGCCAGAUUCUUCAGGAGAGGAUGGAACUGCUCCAGCAGGCUCAUCAGCGGAUCCGAGAUUUAGAAGAUAAAACUGACAUCCAGAAGAGACAAAUUAAGGAUCUGGAGGAAAAGAGUGCCCGACCACAGCUCAGUCCUUAUAAAGGCAAAUGCUUCCACCCCCUGAUGAAGAGAACAUUGUUUACACCUAUUUUAAGAAUUAUAACAUUGAACAACCUGUAGCCAAGACUGCAACCACCUUGUAUUUUAAAGCCAUCACUCAAGAUUUGUUACUUGACAGUUCCUGUCUAAAGCUAUGAUAUAUGCUGCAUCUAAUGAAAUUCUACAUGUUGAAAUCGGAAAAGGGGAAGAAAAAUAAACUGUGAACCUACAUCACUUAGGAAGAACUUAAUGGGAAGGAACCGCUUUCAGCUGAUCAAGUCAGUGUGUCAUGGGCAUGGAACCAAAGUUACAACAGAAAAACCUAUCCCUGCUGUGCAGGGCAAUCAUUUAAAUGUGAGAACGCCAUACCACAAACAGAUCAAAAGUUGACAGGGCAGAAGAAGCAUGAGCCAUGGAGAGUUGCUGACAACAAAGCGCUCAGUGUGAACUGUCUGGCUUUCUCACUGUAGGGACUCCUCCUCUCUUUGGUUUUAACCUCAGGAACAAACGACGGCUGCGAUGUGGGGGAAAAAAGGAAAAAUGCAGUGUGUUUUAACAGAGGAUGGGCAGGACAGGGCACCACAGUUUGCGCUUGAGACCAUAAAAGAGCAUCACCCUACUCAGCAAAGGAAAGGAAGAAGAGGGUGUCUGGCAUAAGAAGGAUCUCUGAUGGAGUUCCAGCCUUAUCUCUCUUCACUCUCCCUCCAGGAAGAACAGCCUGUCUGUUGUCAGACACUUUUCAUACUCUGUUUAGAGACUGCCAUUGAGAUAAUAAUGACUGUACUUGGUUUUCCUAUUUGAAUAAUACACUGAGGAUCACUGGAUUGGACCUGCAGAGUAGCUUCUGAGAAAGAAAAGUAGUUUUGGAGGGUGGAAGAGGGAAAAGCCAACUCCCUUGUCCAUGUGGUACAAUCCACAGUGCAGCAGCUUCCAACUGUGUUGUCCCAGCUUGGAACAAAUGUUUUGGUUUAGCUUGUCAAACUGAUUUUGAUAGCUGGCUUCCUGAUCAGUGACACAUAAACCAAAACUGGGGACAAGCUGUGUGAACACAUCUUAUUAGAAGUCAGAAGUAUCGCUAGUCUUUAUAGAUUUUUCCACAGCUAAGGAUCACUGAGUAGCUUGCAUUUCAAAGCAUUACUUCCCCUUCUAACCACAAAGCUUGGAACCCAGUCCUGGUGUCUCCCAGAGGUCUCACAGGUCCAUGCUGUGCAGUCAGGAGCAUCACACAUGCAGCCAGCAUGGUGAGGUCCUGUGCCCCACGAGCACUGCUGUGCUGAAUGGGAAGUACUGGACAGGGCACUUCUCUAUGCCAAUGUUUCCAUCGCCCUGCAAAUGGAGUCGUGCCUGUUUAAACUUUGGGUUCCUGUGGCAGGGCUCCUUUUUAAGUUGUCUUCCACGAUGGAGCCUUACUUUUUACACUGAGAGAAAUGGAUGUCUGUAUUACAAAGUAGAAAACUGAGGGCCAGAAUACAGCCUGCGCAUUACUUAAACCUUCAAAAUAGGCCUCAAGUGUACCAACACUUUACGCACAUACCAGAAGCUUUAAAAGUGCUUUUAUAAAGAGUCUGUCCUUUGUUUGCUUGUUUAUUUUUACAGAUGAAGCAACUGAGGCACAAAGCAGUGAAGUAACUUGCCACAGCAACUUCAGCAGGUCAGAAGCAGUUCCUCAGCCACAGCAGAGAUGAAGUUCCUCUAGUGUUGAGGGGUGCCUGCUCCUUGCAGGUAUUUUUUGGCCAGAAUAGCUUCUAUUCAUUAAUGUUCAUUCACCCAAUUGGAUUGCAAUGCUGGGCUCCAUUUCUCCACAAAGACUCUUACCAUCCUCAUUUCUUGCAUGCCCUGAGAUUGAGUUAAGCCUUCCAUCAAACAUUAGAAGCUAUUUAGCAAGUGAGUUUUUCCUGCUCCUUAAAAUUAAUUUGAAUUACAGAAUGACCACAUCUUCCUUAUGCAGUCUGUUUCAGCCAAGGUGUUCACUGAAUUCUUCACCAGCUGUAUGUUGGUUGGUCCAUUUUUUUAAGACAGGCUUUUAGGCAGGUAUGUUCAAUGAAUAUAGGUAUGUUGCAUGCUCUUUGUUCAAACUCCCCUGGAAGAAUCUGUGGUUAAAGUUGUCCCAAACCUACAUGUGCUUUCCAAGAGUGCUGCUAGCAGUUCAGUCCCGAAGCUCUGGAGUCAGCCCCUUUGGGAGUCUCAUCCACACACGUGACACCUUUAGAUCACUGAGCAACUUCACAACAUCUUAUUAGCUACAAACAGGAGUUUCCUCUCUGGUUAUUCCCUCUAGCACCUCUCACUGUUUAUUUUCCCCUGUUGCAGUCCAUUGUUCCAGUUGGCUGCAGUGUCCUGCAAGGUGAAACAGGCUGUGGAAGUUCUUUGCC